AUGGCCACUCUGGAGAAGCUGAUGAAGGCUUUCGAGUCUCUCAAGUCUUUCCAGCAACAGCAGCAGCAGCAGCAGUCCCCACCGCCGCCUCAGCCCCCUCAACCCCCGCCACAGGCGCAGCCGCCGCCGCCGCCGCCCCCACCACCACCUCCCGUUCCGGCCGUAGCCGAGGAGCCGCUGCACCGACCAAAGAAAGAACUCUUAAACACCAAGAAAGACCGUGUGAAUCAUUGUCUGACCAUAUGUGAAAACAUCGUGGCGCAGUCUCUCAGAAAUUCUCCGGACUUCCAGAAGCUGCUGAGCAUCGCUCUGGAGCUGUUUCUGCUGUGCAGUGACGACGCCGAGGCAGAUGUCCGCAUGGUGGCUGACGAGUGUCUCAACAGAGUCAUCAAAGCUUUGAUGGAUUCCAACCUCCCAAGGUUGCAGUUAGAACUCUAUAAGGAAAUUAAAAAGAAUGGGGCUCCUCGGAGUCUGCGCGCGGCCCUGUGGAGGUUUGCCGAGCUGGCUCACCUGGUUCGGCCGCAGAAGUGCAGGCCUUACCUGGUUAACCUGUUGCCUUGUCUAAGCCGGAUAAGCAAGAGGUCCGAGGAGUCCGUUCAGGAGACCCUGGCUGCAGCUAUACCCAAAAUUAUGGCUUCCUUUGGCAACUUUGCAAACGACAAUGAGAUUAAGGUUCUGCUCAAGGCCUUCAUAGCGAACCUGAAGUCCGGCUCGCCGACCAUCCGGCGGACGGCAGCUGGCUCGGCCGUGAGCGUCUGCCAGCACUCCCGGAGGACACAAUACUUCUACAGCUGGCUGCUGAAUGUGCUCUUAGGUUUGCUCGUACCAGUGGAGGACGAGCACCCCACCCUCCUCAUCCUGGGGGUGCUGCUCACCUUGAGGUACCUGGUGCCGUUGCUGCAGCAGCAAGUCAAGGACACGAGCCUGAAAGGGAGCUUUGGGGUGACGCGGAAAGAAAUGGACAUCUCUCCUACCACAGAGCAGCUGGUCCAGGUGUAUGAGCUGACGCUGCACCACACGCAGCAUCCCGACCACAACGUGGUCACCGGAGCGCUGGAGCUGCUGCAGCAGCUCUUCAGGACGCCGCCCCCGGAGCUCCUCCAGGCUCUGACCACUGCUGGUGGUAUCGGGCGACUGGCCGCCGCCCAGGACGAGCCGAGCUGCCGGAGCCGGAGCGGGAGCAUCGUGGAGCUCCUUGCUGGAGGGGGUUCUUCAUGCAGCCCUGUCCUGUCAAGAAAACAAAAAGGGAAAGUGCUCCUAGGGGAAGAGGAAGCCUUGGAAGACGACUCCGAGUCGCGGUCUGACGUCAGCAGCUCCGCCUUUGCAGCCUCUCUGAAGGGCGAGAUGACUGGGGAGCUGGCUGCUGCUUCCGGGGUGUCUACGCCUGGUUCUGUGAGCUCCACAGCCGACUCCACAGGACACGACAUCAUUACGGAGCAGCCGCGCGCGCAGCACACUCUGCAGUCGGACUCGGUGGAGCUGGCCAGCUGUGAUCUGACGAGCGCAGCUACCGACGGGGACGAGGAGGACAUCCUGAGCCACAGCUCCAGCCAGAUAAGUGCUGUCCCGUCCGACCCUGCCAUGGACUUUAACGAUGGCACGCAGGCCUCCUCCCCGAUCAGUGACAGCUCCCAGACCACCACCGAAGGGCCCGACUCCGCCGUGACACCUUCAGACAGCUCUGAGAUCGUGUUAGAUGGCACUGACAGCCAGUAUCCAAGCCUGCAGAUGGGACAGCUGCAGGAUGAAGAUGAGGACGCCGCCGGCCUUCUUCCUGACGAGGCCGCCGAUGCCUAUAGAACCUCCUCUGCUGCUGUCCCACAGGUGCACUUACUGAGGAACAGGGGGCACACCCGGCAGUCUUCUGACAGCAGUGUGGAUAAAGUCACGUUACGAGAGGAAGCUGCUGAGCCCGGCGAUCAAGAGAACAAGCCUUGCAGAAUCAAAGGUGACAUCGGACAGUCUGCCGAUGACGAUGCUGCUCCGCUAGUCCACUGUGUCCGCCUUUUGUCAGCUUCGUUCUUACUAACUGGGGAAAAAAAUGCACUGGUUCCUGAUCGGGACGUGAGGGUGAGUGUGAAGGCGCUGGCGGUCAGCUGUGUCGGAGCCGCUGUAGCCCUGCAUCCCGAGUCCUUCUUCAGCAGACUGUAUAAAGCACCCCUUGAUACCACCGAGUGCCCCGAGGAACAGUAUGUGUCGGACAUCUUGAACUACAUAGAUCACGGAGACCCGCAGGUCCGAGGAGCCACUGCCGUCCUCUGUGGGACCCUCAUUUACUCCAUCCUCAACCGCGCCCGCUUCCACGUGGGCGACUGGCUGGGUGCCCUGCGAGGUCUGACAGGAAAUACCUUUUCUCUGGUGGACUGCGUCCCUUUGCUGCGGAAAGCCUUGAAAGAUGAGUCUUCUGUUACUUGCCGGCUGGCCUGUACUGCUGUGCGGCAUUGUGUCAUGAGCCUGUGCAGCAGUGGUUACAGCGACUUAGGCCUGCAGCUGGUCAUCGACGUGCUGACGCUGAAGAACAACUCCUAUUGGCUGGUGAGGACAGAGCUUCUGGAGACUCUGGCAGAGAUUGACUUCAGGUUGGUGAGUUUCCUGGAGGCCAAAGCAGAAAGCCUGCCCCGAGGGGCUCAUCAUUACACGGGGCUUUUAAAACUGCAAGAACGAGUACUCAAUAAUGUUGUCAUCUGUUUGCUCGGCGAUGAAGACCCCCGGGUGCGGCAUGUGGCUGCGGCCUCACUUAUGAGGCUUGUCCCCAAGCUGUUUUAUAAAUGUGACCAAGGACAGGCUGAUCCAGUGGUGGCUGUGGCACGAGACCAAAGCAGUGUGUACCUGAAGCUCCUGAUGCACGAGAUGCAGCCCCCGUCCCACUUCUCUGUCAGCACCCUAACCAGAAUCUACAGAGGCUAUAAUUUACUACCCAGCAUAACAGAUGUCACUCUGGAAAAUAACCUUUCUCGAGUCAUUGCUGCCGUCUCCCGUGGCCUCAUCACGUCGACCACACGCGCACUCACAUUUGGAUGCUGUGAAGCCUUGUGCCUGCUGUCCACUGCCUUUCCGGUUUGCGUUUGGAGUUUGGGUUGGCACUGUGGGAGGAAAAUACUUGAGAGAACAUUGCUCCUACCUGUGCAUUGUGUGGAGACCAGUGAUCUGAGUGGUAUGUGUGUCCACAUCGCAGCCAGUGCCCCCAGAUCCCUGAGAAGCUCCUGGAAUGCUGAAGAAGAAGGCAGCCCUGCGAGCACCAAGCAAGAGGAGGCCUGGCCAGCUCUGGGUGACCGGACGCUGGUGCUCAUGGUGGAUCAGCUCUUCUCUCACCUGCUGAAGGUCAUCAACAUUUGUGCUCACGUCCUGGACGAUGUGGCUCCUGGGCCAGCAGGGAAGGCGGCCUUGCCUUCCCUAACAAACCCCCCUUCUCUAAGUCCCAUCCGACGAAAGGGGAAGGACAAAGAAGCAGGGGAGCAGGCCUCGGUGCCAUCGAGCCCAAAAAAGGGUGUGGAAGCUGCGCCAGCUUCUAAACAAUCUGAUACCUCAGGGCCUGUUACCACAAGUAAGUCCUCGUCACUGGGAAGUUUCUACCACCUGCCUUCGUACCUCAAAUUGCAUGACGUCCUGAAGGCUACUCAUGCCAACUACAAGGUCACCCUGGACCUCCAGAACACCACGGAGAAGUUUGGUGGCUUCCUGCGCUCCGCCCUGGAUGUCCUUUCACAGAUUCUAGAACUGGCGACUCUGCAGGACAUCGGCAAGUGUGUGGAAGAGAUCCUGGGCUACCUGAAGUCCUGCUUCAGUCGAGAGCCAAUGAUGGCCACAGUCUGUGUCCAGCAGCUGUUGAAGACUCUCUUUGGAACCAACUUGGCCUCACAGUUCGAUAGCUUGUCUUCCAACCCCAGCAAGUCUCAAGGCCGUGCACAGCGCCUCGGCUCCUCCAGCGUGCGGCCCGGCCUCUACAAUUACUGCUUCAUGGCGCCCUACACCCACUUCACUCAGGCCUUGGCGGAUGCCAGUCUGAGAAACAUGGUGCAAACAGAGCAGGAGCACGACACCUCGGGGUGGUUUGAUGUUCUCCAGAAGGUGUCUUCCCAACUGAAAACAAACCUCACAGGUGUCACAAAGAACCGUGCCGACAAGAAUGCUAUUCAUAAUCAUAUUCGCUUAUUUGAGCCUCUGGUGAUAAAAGCCUUAAAGCAGUAUACAACAACAACGUCUGUGCAAUUACAGAAGCAGGUUUUGGACUUGCUGGCACAGCUGGUUCAGCUACGGGUCAAUUACUGCCUUCUGGAUUCGGAUCAGGUGUUUAUUGGCUUUGUGCUAAAGCAGUUUGAGUACAUCGAAGUGGGCCAGUUCAGGGAGUCAGAGGCCAUCAUUCCAAACAUCUUUUUUUUCUUGGUGUUGCUGUCUUACGAGCGCUACCAUUCAAAGCAGAUCAUCGGGAUCCCUAAGAUCAUUCAGCUGUGCGACGGCAUCAUGGCCAGCGGGAGGAAGGCUGUGACCCACGCCAUCCCAGCCCUGCAGCCCAUCGUGCACGACCUCUUUGUUCUGAGAGGGACCAACAAAGCGGACGCGGGAAAGGAGCUGGAGACGCAGAAAGAGGUGGUGGUGUCCAUGCUGUUGCGACUCAUCCAGCACCACCAGGUGCUGGAGAUGUUCAUCCUCGUGUUGCAGCAGUGCCACAAGGAGAGUGAGGACAAGUGGAAACGGCUGUCCCGGCAGACUGCUGACAUCAUCCUGCCCAUGCUGGCCAGGCAGCAGAUGCACAUCGAUUCUCAUGAAGCCCUGGGAGUAUUGAACACUUUAUUUGAAAUCCUGGCCCCCUCAUCCCUCCGUCCUGUAGACAUGCUUUUACGCAGCAUGUUCGUGACCCCAGAUACAAUGGCGUCGGUGAGCACUGUCCAGCUGUGGGUCUCUGGGAUCCUAGCCAUCUUGAGGGUCCUCAUCUCCCAGUCCACAGAAGACAUCGUCCUCUCCCGCAUUCAGGAGCUCUCCUUCACGCCACACCUCAUCUCCUGUCCAGUCAUUAACAGCUUAAGACAAGGGGGCAGUCCUCCUGCACUCGAAGAGCUCUUUGAAGGGAGACAAACCAAGAAUUUGCCAGAAGAAACCUUUUCCAGAUUUCUCCUCCAGUUGGUUGGCAUUCUUUUAGAGGACAUUGUUACGAAGCAGCUGAAAGUGGAAAUGACUGAACAGCAGCAUACCUUCUAUUGCCAGGAGCUGGGCACGCUGCUGAUGUGUCUGGUCCACAUCUUCAAGUCUGGAAUGUUCCGAAGGACCACGGCCGCCACCACCAGACUCUUCACCUCCGACAGCUCCGACGGCAGCUUCUAUGCCCUGGAGGGCCUGAACGCACGUGUCCGUGCCAUGAUCCCUACCCACCCGUCCCUCGUGCUGCUCUGGUGCCAGAUCCUGCUGCUCGUCAACUACACCGACUACCGCUGGUGGGCCGAGGUGCAGCAGACCCCAAAGAGACACAGCCUCUCCAGCACCAAGUUGCUGAGUCCUCAGACGCUGGGGGAGGAGGAGGAGGACUCUGAUUUGGCAUCUAAACUGGGCAUGUGCAAUAGAGAGAUCGUGCGGAGGGGGGCGCUCAUUCUCUUCUGUGAUUACGUGUGUCAGAACCUGCAUGAUUCGGAGCACCUGACGUGGCUCAUCGUGAACCACAUCCAAGACCUCAUCAACCUGUCCCAUGAGCCCCCGGUCCAGGACUUCAUCAGUGCCGUGCACCGGAAUUCUGCCGCCAGCGGUCUCUUUAUCCAGGCGAUCCAAUCUCGUUGUGAGAACCUUUCAACUCCCAGCACACUGAGGAGGACGCUUCAGUGCCUGGAGGGCAUCCACCUCAGUCAGUCGGGUGCUGUACUGACGCUGUACGUGGACCGGCUGCUAUGCACCCCGCUCCGCGUGCUGGCACGCAGGGUCGACACCCUCGCCUGUCGUCGGGUGGAAAUGCUGCUGGCUGCAAAUGUACAGAGCAGCGGGUCUCAGCUGCCGCUGGAAGAACUCAACAGGAUUCAGGAGUACCUCCAGAACAGCGGGUUAGCACAAAGACACCAAAGACUCUACUCCCUGCUGGACAGGUUCCGUCUCUCCACGGUCCCCGAGUCACCCAGCCCCCCGCGCCUUGUCACUUCUCACCCGCUGGACGGGGAUGGCCAGAUGUCCCUGGAAACAGUGAACCCAGACAAAGACUGGUACAUGCGCCUUGUCAAGUCCCAGUGUUGGAUCCGCUCAGACUCUGCACUGCCGGAAGGUGCGGAGCUGAUGCAGAGAAUCCCCUCGGACGAGCUGAGCCCGUUCAUGAUGAACUCGGAGUUUAACCUGAACCUGUUGGCUCCGUGCUUAAGCCUCGGACUGAGUGAGCUCGCCGGGGGCCGGAGGAGUCACCUCUUUGAGACAGCCCGCCUGGUGACUCUGCACCGAAUGAGCAGCAUCGUCAUGCAGCUGCCCACUGCCCACCAGGUGUUCCAGCCGGGUGGUUCGGCCGAAUCCUCUGCCUACUGGGCCAAGCUGAACGACCUGUUUGGGGAUGCUGCGCUGUACCAGUCUCUGACCACGCUGGCCCGGGCUCUGGCACAAUACCUGGUGGCUCUUCCCAGAGUUCCUGGCCAUCUGCACCUGCCCCCCGAGAAGGAGUGUGACGCUGUCAAGUUUGUGGUGAUGACACUAGAGGCCCUGUCGUGGCAUCUAAUCCACGAGCAGAUGCCGCUGAGCCUGGACCUGCAGGCCGGCCUGGACUGCUGCUGCCUGGCGCUGCAACUGCCCGGCCUCUGGCUCGUGAUCUCCUCCCCGGAGUUCGUGAGCCAGGCCUGCUCCCUCAUCCACUGCGUGCGUUUCAUCCUCGAGGCCAUCGCUGUGCAGCCUGGGGACCAACUUCUCAGCCCGGAGAGGAGGACAAACUACCCAGAGGCCAUCAGAGAGGACAGAGUGGACUCAAACACCCCACAGCUGCAGUACGUCACCAGAGCCUGUGAAAUGGUGACGGAGAUGGUGGAGGCCUUGCGGUCAGUGCUGGCCCUGGGCCACCAGAGGAGCAGCAACACGCCCGCCUUCCUCACCUCCGUCCUCAAGAACAUAGUGGUCAGCCUGGCCCGCCUGCCCCUCGUCAACAGCUACACGCGGGUCCCGCCCCUGGUGUGGAAGCUCGGAUGGUCUCCCAAACCUGGAGGAGACUUUGGCACAGUGCUUCCUGAGAUCCCUGUGGAGUUUCUUCAAGAGAAGGAGGUCUUCAAGGAGUUCAUCUGUCGGAUCAAUACACUAGGAUGGACCAGCCGGACACAGUUUGAGGAAACCUGGGCCACCCUCCUUGGGGUCCUGGUAACACAGCCCCUCGUGAUGGAGCAGGAGGAGAGCCAACCUGAAGAAGACACAGAGAGGACCCAGAUCAACGUGUUGGCUGUGCAGGCCAUCACCUCGCUGGUGCUGAGUGCCAUGAGUGUCCCCGUGGCCGGAAACCCUGCUGUGAGCUGCUUGGAGCAGCAGCCCCGGAACAAGCCACUGAAAGCUCUGGACACCAGGUUUGGGAGGAAGUUGAGCGUCAUCAGAGGAAUUGUCGAGCAGGAAGUUCAAGCCAUGGUUUCCAAGAGAGAGAAUAUCGCCACGCAUCAUUCGUACCAAGCCUGGGACCCCGUCCCUUCUCUGUCUCCAGCUACUACAGGUGCCCUCAUCAGCCACGAGAAGCUUCUACUACAGACCAACCCCGAGCGGGAGCUGGGGAACAUGAGCUAUAAGCUCGGCCAGGUCUCCAUACACUCUGUGUGGCUGGGGAACCACAUCACACCGCUGCGCGAAGAGGAGUGGGACGAGGAGGAGGAGGAGGAGGCCGACGCGCCCGCCCCUUCCUCACCACCCACGUCGCCUGCCAACUCCAGGAAACACCGGGCCGGAGUGGACAUCCAUUCCUGCUCACAGUUUUUGUUAGAAUUGUACAGUCGCUGGAUCCUCCCAUCCAGUUCAGCCCGGAGGACUCCUGUCAUUCUGAUCAGUGAAGUGGUUCGAUCUCUUCUCGUGGUCUCGGAUUUGUUCACUGAGCGCAGCCAGUUUGAGAUGAUGUACUCCACGCUGACCCAGCUGCGGAGGGUGCAUCCUUCCGAAGACGAAAUUCUCAUUCAGUACCUGGUGCCAGCCACGUGUAAAGCAGCCGCUGUACUGGGCAUGGACAAGGCCGUGGCCGAACCGGUCAGCCGCCUGUUGGAGAGCGCACUGCGGAGCAGCCACCUGCCCAGCCGCAUUGGGGCGCUGCACGGCGUGCUCUAUGUGCUCGAGUGUGACCUGCUGGACGAUACGGCCAAGCAGCUCGUCCCCGUCGUCACUGACUACCUGCUCACCCACCUCAAGGGGCUCGCCCACUGCGUGAACGUCCACAGCCAGCAGCACGUGCUGCUGCUAUGCGCCACCGCCUUCUACCUGAUGGAGAACUAUCCGCUGGACGUGGGGCCCGAGUUCUCUGCCUCCAUUAUCCAGAUGUGUGGCGUGAUGCUUUCAGGGAGCGAGGAAGCCACCCCUUCGGCCGUGUUCCACUGUGUCCUGCGUGGUCUGGAGCGCUUGCUCCUAUCAGAGCAGCUGUCGCGGCUGGACGCCGAGGCCCUGGUCAAGCUGAGUGUUGACCGCGUCAAUGUGCACAGCCCACACCGCGCCAUGGCCGCCCUGGGCCUGAUGCUCACCUGCAUGUACACAGGGAAGGAGAAGAUGAGUCCCGGGAGAACAGUAACCCCUGCCCCCACUGCCCCGGACAGUGAGUCGGUGAUCGUCGCUAUGGAACGGGUGUCUGUUCUCUUUGACAGGAUCCGGAAAGGGUUUCCUUGUGAGGCCAGAGUGGUGGCCCGGAUUCUCCCCCAGUUUCUAGACGACUUCUUCCCACCCCAGGACGUCAUGAACAAGGUCAUCGGGGAGUUCCUGUCUAACCAGCAACCAUAUCCCCAGUUCAUGGCCACGGUCGUGUACAAGGUGUUUCAGACACUGCACAGCACAGGACAGUCAUCCAUGGUGCGUGACUGGGUGAUGCUCUCGCUCUCCAACUUCACGCAGCGGACGCCUGUGGCCAUGGCCAUGUGGAGCCUCUCUUGCUUCUUCGUCAGCGCUUCCACCAGCCCCUGGGUGUCAGCAGUUCUUCCACACGUCAUCAGCAGGAUGGGCAAGCUGGAGCCGCUGGACGUGAACCUCUUCUGCCUGGUUGCCACAGACUUUUACCGACACCAGAUAGAGGAGGAGCUCGACCGCAGGGCCUUCCAGUCAGUGUUCGAGGUGGUGGCGGCCCCCGGAAGCCCGUACCACCGGCUGCUGACGUGUCUGCGGAAUGUCCACCAGGGCACCACAGGCUGA